CAGACAUGGACUCAGCAGAGGCAGAGCGACUCUCAGAGGUGCUACGAACCCAGGAAGUUCGUCUUAAUCGCCAGGAGGAGUUUCAGACUGCCAUGGCUGCCAACAUGGGGCAACUCUCCUCACAGAUACAAAAGCUACUGGGACAACUCUGUCGACAAAGCCCUGCAACCCCGACUCCGCCUUCUCCAGCCACCCCGGAAGUACCAGCGUCUUCCGGAGUAGCCUCCUGUAAGCUGGCGCCACCAACCCAGUAUGCUGGGCGGGCCAAAGCUUGGGCUUCGGCCGAAUGGAGCCGAAACUCCACCGCAUGCGAGACGAUCGCAGGCUUCCAGACGGCGCUAACCAGAACUGUUGACCCUGUUUGUUCCAGUAGGGAGAAGGCCCAGGAACUCAGCACCUUGAGACAAGGUAAAGACUCGGUCUGUGACUACGCCAUUCACUUUCACACGCUGGCAGCCGAGAGUGGGUGGAACAAUGCCGCCCUCUACGACGUCUUUUUGAGAGGUCUGUCGGCGGACAUUCAGGAUCUCCUUGUGCCACUAGACUUGCCUGCGAGUCUGGAUGCACUCAUCGCCCUCGCAAUUCGCACGGACAAUCGACAUACGCAAUUCCGGAAACAACGCGAAUUGAAACGAGGAGACCGAGACCGACAUGGAAUCAAGAUGGCCAACCCCGCACCGAGCACCUCCGGAAAAUCCUCGGGUUCGUACUGACGAGGAGCCCAUGCAACUAGGACGAGCUCGAUUAUCCCAAGAGGAACGCCAGAAGAGGCGCCAGGAGGGAAGGUGCUUCUAUUGUGGAGAAACCGGCCACCUCGUCAGCUCCUGCCCAGCCAAGAAAGGUCCUGUGGUGAGUUCAAAUCAGGUCGCUAAGACCACUGUCCGUGUUCUCACUCAGGUUAAGCUUAAUUCACUAUAUGACAUGGAUGUGUUUGACUCAGGAGCAGAUGAGAGCUUAAUGGACUGGAACUUAGCCAAGAAAUUACACACUGUGAACCCCUAGCCAGACCCAUUCCUGUCUGUUCCCUUAACGGUGCAGAUAUCUUUGUCAUUACUCAUAUAAGCAGUCCACUAAAAUUGUCCGUUGGAAAUCAUCACGAAAAUAUUCAAUUUCACCUGUUCACCUCCACCUCCCACUCUCUGAUUCUGGGACAACCCUGGCUCUUUCUCCACAACCCUCACAUCGACUGGAAGAGUGGUCAGAUCAGAGAAUGGGGGGAGGAAUGCACCGAACGCUGCCUUGUAGAACCAGUUGCAGAGAUAAACCUGUUUUCCACUAACCCUGUCACAGGCCCAGAAUAUCCGGACCUGACCUCAGUCCCAAGAUGUUACCACCACCUCAAAGAGGUCUUUAACAAAGCUAAAGCCUUGUCUCUCCCUCCUCAUCGUCCCUACGACUGCGCCAUUGACCUGAUCCCCGGCUCUACGAUCCCCAAGGGGCGUCUUUAUUCCAUCUCCGGUCAUGAGAGGAAUGCCAUCAACAACUACAUCUCCGCUUCCCUGAAAGCGGGAUUAAUUCGCCCAUCAUCAUCACCGGCUGGGGCCGGAUUCUUCUUAGUGGGUAAAACGGAUGGUUCACUAUGCCCCUGCAUUUGACUACAGCCUGCUGAAUGAGAUAACUAUUAAGAAUCGAUACCCUCUUCCUCUGAUGGCCUCUGUCUUCGACCAGCUGCAACAGGCUAAGAUGUUCACCAAACUUGAUCUUCGUAACGCCUAUCACCUGGUUUGGAUCAGAGAGGGACAUGAGUGGAAGACCGGCUUCAACACACCCAGAGGGUGUGAAUACUGUGUAAUGCCUUUUGGUCUUACUAAUGCUCCUGCUGCUUUCAGGCCAUGAUCAAUGACGUGCUAAGAGACUUCCUGGACCAGUUCGUGUACGUCUACUUGGACGACAUCUUGAUAUAUUCUCCCGACCUCGCCACGCACCAAGAACAUGUAACCCGAGUCCUUAAAAGACUUCUUGAACAUCAACUGUAUGUUAAAGCUGAAAAGAGUGUCUUUCAUGCCAAUAUAAUCCUUGAUUGUUUUCAUCUGUGUUCCCUUCCCCCAUGUGUAUAAAGUCUUUGUCUUCCCCUGUCUGCGUCGCCAAAGUAUUUCGUCUUCCAUGUCAUGUACCGAAGAAGCCCUGAUCCACAGUACCUUGUCUCGUUAAGUAUUGCCAUUGUUUUGUUUAUCUGAUUUUUGACCUCUUGAGAAGAGUGAUUUUGAUUUUGCAAUUUUCUGGUUAGGUUUUGAUUUUGUAUUUUGAGAUUUUCAUAGCUUUUCAUUUUCCUCCUUCUGGAGCGAUCUUUUGUUAACUUUCAUAAGACAGAGUAGAUAUAUUUCUUAGCCUUUGUGCUUCCUCUUUGGUGUGAUUUUGAUUUGCAAUUUUAUACUUUAUUGGUUAUUCCAGGACAGAGUAGGUUUUCCUCCUUCAGGAGCGCUUUUUGUUGUUCUGUGUUUCUUAUUGUUUGUCUCUGAGAUUUUCAUU